AAUUUCAUGAUUAAUUAACCCUAAUCUAAAACAAUGAUGAACCCUAGUCGCAAAAUCACCACCGUUCUUACGUUCUUCACUCUUCUCCUGUUCUCCUACCAAUCACAUGCAUCACCUUCUCCACCGGUUACCGCCCUUUUCGUCUUCGGCGACUCCACGGUGGAUCCCGGCAACAAUAAUUACAUUCCUACCAUUUUCCGGGGAAACCAUUCUCCGUACGGAAUAGAUUUUCCGGGGAAACUUUCCACCGGAAGAUUCUCCAAUGGAAAACUCACCACCGAUUUCCUGGCAUCGUUUCUUGGUCUCAAGCCCACAUUGCCUGCUUACCUCGACCCCACGGUCCAACCCGGUGACUUAUUGACCGGAGUCAGCUUUGCCUCGGCGGGGACCGGUUUAGACGACCGGACGGCGAGGUUGUCGUCGGCUUUGACAAUGGACAAAGAGUUGACUUACUUCGAUGAGGCUGUCGGAAAGAUGAAGAAGGCGGUGGGAGAUGGGGAGACUAAUCGGGUGAUUAGUAACGCUUUGUUCGUGAUUAGUGUGGGCACUAAUGACAUGACCAUUAAUCUCUACGAUCAACCUUUCGGAGGAUUUAAGUCGGUUUCCAAUUAUCAAGAUUCCUUGUUGAACAAACUCGAAGGUGUUAUCAAGGUACUUUACGUCAAACUAAAUGCUCCAUAUAUAUUUGAUUUAUUUUAUUUAUUUAUAUAUUACACAUAUUUACUUACGUAG